GUGCUACCGCAGCUUGAUUUAGAAUUUUAGAAUACAGUUUUUCGUCUCCUUUGUUUUCUCUCUUAUCUCUGACUCUGUUUUCUCUCUGCGUUCGUUCGUUCAUUCAUUCAUUCAUCUUCUCUUUCGCUUCUCUUCUCACAUUGAAACAUCAACCAUGCCUCCUCAGCGUGAUUCCCUACCCAAACCCAACCCUAAUAUCUUAUCCUUCUUCCUCAAACCAAUCAUCAUGCUUCUCCUUACCGCCCUCUUCUUCCUCUUCCUUGGCUUCGCCGCUUUCAUCCUCCUUCACCUCUUCGUCAUCGGCGGCGCCCUCCACCGCCUCCGCUCCCGCCCCGACUCCUCCUCCUCCCUCCACCCUUCCCCUUCCGACGUCCUAUCCCCGCGCCACCUCAGCAAGCUCCCCCACUUCCGCGUCUCCAGAGGAUCCCCAUACCCUGCCCCCGAUUCCCGCUGCGUCGUCUGCCUCGACGGCUUCCGCAACGGCCAGUGGUGCAGGAACCUCGCCGGUUGCGGCCACGUCUUUCAUCGGAGGUGCGUCGACACGUGGCUCGUCAAGGUCGCCGCUUGCCCCACAUGCCGGACACCUGUUCGAUUAAAUGCCGCUGUAAAAAGAGACGAUCACGCUCGCCAAUUAUGGACCUGUGCUACAGCUGACUCCAACGCUCUUCCCACUUCAUAGUUUUUAUUCGUAUAUGAAUUCCGGCGGUGUUAUCUUUUA